CAGGUGGCAGGUCAUGUGAUGUUUAAGCCGUAGCUGUCUGGAAGCUGCUGCUAAAUUGGAGUUGAAUCUCAGAGCAGACACUCACUCUCUCUCUCUUUCCAGAGGAAGACAGACCCAAAACCACCAGGACAGGAUGUCUUACGGAUCCAUCGAUGGAGGCUCCUUUGGAGGCAGCCGAAACCCUUUCGGAGGCCCCAAGAGGCAGGGCUACCAACCAGUAGCAACACAGGUCAGCUCCUCAGAGCUGCAAGACGUGUUUCAAGAGACCUCCUCCAACAUUUUCCAGAUCAAUGCAAAUGUUGUAACAUUAGAGAAGAGUCUUCAAUCAUUAGGAACGUCCAGAGACACUGCUGAACUGCGACAGAGCCUACAUUCUACACAGCAGCAAACCAACAAUGUCAUCACCAGCACCAGUCAACUCAUCAAACAACUCUCUGACAUCAUCACUGGCUCUACACGGCAAGAUCAUCUUCAUCUGACUAGACUGAAGACAGGACUCUCAGAGUCGGUUCAACGCUAUGGAGAUCUGCAAAAGAAAAUUGCAGACCGUUCGAGGGCCUUGCUACCCCCGGCACAGACAGAAAUGAAGCAGAGUCCCCAGACUCCGUUUGCAGAGCUGUGUGAGGAGGGGGGUCCCCUGUUUGGCGGUGCAGCAGAGAGCUCCGGGGGGGAUGGACAGGAGCAAGCGUUCCUCUCAGAGAUCAGUGAGGAAGAUGUGGAGGCCCUGCGCCAGAGAGAAGAGGCCCUGCUGCAGAUUGAGAGGGACAUGUUGGAUGUCAGCCAAAUCAUGCGAGAUCUGGCCAGUAUGGUGCACGAGCAGGGAGAUGCCAUAGAUAGCAUUGAGGACUACAUUCAGACCACCACAUCCAACGUGGAGUCAGCCAAUCAGGAGCUAGCAAAGGCCAGCCAUCACCAGAGGCAGAUUAGGAAGAGGAAGUGUUACAUGCUGGUGGCGGGAGGCUUCAUCCUCAUCCUUCUCAUCAUCAUCAUCGCUGUGUCAGCAAGAAAAUGAAACCAACCCCAGAGGUAGCUGCAGUCAUAGUGCUGUGACCUCUCUGCUUCUGCCCCACCUGACCACCUGACCCCUGACCUUUACCAGCAGUCUCAGACAGGAGGGGCUGCCCCACACCAACACCUCUACUUCGUCAUGGCUGUCUCUCCUUAGUUAUGUAGUUAGAUAUUUGGUGUACGCAGGUGUGUGUGUGUGUGUGUGUGUGUGUGUGUGUGUGUGUGUGUGUGUGUGUGUGUGUGUGUGUGUGUGUGUGUGUUUGUGUGUCAGGCAGGGGGCGGGGGGCGGGGGGAUAGCUGGUACUUAUAUUAUCAUCUUUAAAUGAAUGGCAUACUAGUCUACUGUGGUUCUUUUAUACUGUACCUAACUAUGGUAGCUGUGGCAGCCAACCAGCCAAUCAUGGAAGAGAGGUAUUGAUGCAUCCACUUACUUUACCCUGAUUUCCUCUGUGUUUGUUUACUUGUUUUUGUUUUUUAAGCACUGGAUCAUAUUUACCUGAUGCUACUGUAUCUACGAAGUAUGAUAUUAAAAUGUUGUGUAGUACUUAUGAUUAUAUAAAUACAUAAAUGAUCAUUAGACAAAUGUAUCAAAUGGUGUGAUAAAAAGAGUACUUUAAAAUAUGAUUUACAGCUUUUUUCAGUCCUAUUUUACUAUCAUUUUACUCUUGCUAUCCUCUGUCUCUCUCUCUCGCUCAUGCAAACACAGACACACUUGCACACAAACAUAUCUAUCUGCCAUGAUCUGAGUGUAAAGAGUGGAACAUGUGACAUAAAUUACAGGUUUGUUGAUCGCCUGAAGCACUCACCCUCUGGCCAAUCAAUAGGCAGUAGAGUCAACCACUUUCCCUCCAUUCCCUCCAAAUGUCUCAUCCUGUUACAUAUUUUCCAGGAAGGCUUAUUUAGAGAUACUAAUAGACUUAAUUAAUCUCUCAGAGGGGUGAUUAUCAUCUCUCUGACUUCUCCCGUGGGCUGUAUGUGUGUGUUAUCACUGAGUUCUCUGAAAAGAUGGGUAAGACUCUUCAGUGUGCAGCUUCAGUGUCAGCUCCUAGCCUUUUCUGCUUCCGACGUCAUGCAUCUUUUAUUAUUACUCUUCCCUCACAAUCCACCGGCAUCAGUGGGCUCUAGCUCUUAACUCAUCGCAUGCAUACACAAAUCUGAAGUGUUUUAUUAUUGUUAUUUUCUCUUAGUCUUACUGAGUCAGUGUGCCCAGAUAUUCAUUUGGGUUUUUUAAUUUGUACCUUGCAGAGAAAAGGAACAAAAUGAACCAAAAGCACCAAAAUGUUUGUGAAUCUAUCACAGAACUUUGGUGGCACUCUAAUUGGGGAGGAAGGACUCGUGGCAAUGGCUGGAGCGGAAUCUUGGAAUGGUAUUAAAAACAUCAAAACAUGGUUUCCAUGUGUUUGAUGCUAUUCCAUACUCCGUUCCAGCCAUUAUUAUGAGCCGUCCUCCCCUCAGCAGUCUCUACUAGGAACCUAUCUUCAAGGUCUGGCAUCACUAUUCAAAUCUAUGCAUAUAUUUAAGGUGAUGUAACUUACUGUAGCUUCUCAUAUCCCUGACAAAAGCUUAAAGUUUCUAGAAUUGUGGUGUGGGCGAUGAGAAGAUGAAUGAUAGCUGUGGAUACUUGUGAACGUUUUCUGUUUGAAUUAAGUUGUGCUUCAUUGAUGUGAUACGUUCCUUCACUGCUUGUAAAAAUUCUCAACGUCGCAAAAUAUGAUUAUUCACAAUGGUAACGUUAUGAGAACGUUGAUGUUCAGAAAGGAAUUUGUAGCACCUAUUACUCUUCAGCUCUUUAUUUUACCGUUGUAAAAUGUACUUACAUUGUGUCUUUUUGAUAAAUAAAAUCUCCUAGAUAUCAGA